AUGGAAAAGAAAAUGAUCACCACCUCCCCUGAAAGCUACAGCCAAUGCCCGACCAAUGCCGAGUCGUUGUUGUCCUUACAAAUCCCAUUGGCUAUAUUCGUGGUGAUUUCCACAGUUUCAACAAUAUUGAAUAUAUACCUGUAUGUUAACACCAAAUCAAGAAAUAAGUCUAAGAACGGUAAAUCUAACUCAAACGUUAUAAUGAGCAAUCACAAUGGGAAUGAACCGAAUGCUGAAACCUACACAGAACUAGGAAAUACGGUGUCAGGAGAAUCUGAAAACCAGUACGAAUCGAUCACACGCCAGGAAAACAACAUAAACACUAAUGUUUUAUAAACAUUUCUAAAAGUUGAAAUUCACCUUGACUUAAUACAUGUAAAAGAAGUAGCAUUACACUUUUGUGGUUGAUGUUAUUUAUUCAAGAAAACUGUUGAGUAUAUAAUAUUAUAUAAAACAUGUAACAUUGGAGUGCAAAGAAAACCAUACAAAUUGGAAAAUGAAUGUUAUCAUAGUAUAUUGAUAAUAACUGGAAAUCAAGAAGACUGAACAUUGUACUAGUUUUAUUAGCUAUAAAUACGAGUUUAACACGGAAUACUCUAACAAACAUCAGUGCAUAUACAUGUACAUAUAUGUGUAGAUUUUGUAUUAUGUAAUUCAUAUAAUGAAUGUAUUAUGCAUGUUAAUGUUGACAAUGACGUACGGACUGUUGUUUGUUUCACCGCUAAGAGCUCCAACAAUUUUACAAUACAGAAUGCUUGUGUUAUAACCAUUUAACUUUUAGAAAUAUUUGCUUUUGAUAUAGAUUUCAGUGCAAAAGAUUGAUUAAUAUUUUUCUCCUGAC